CUCUUUUUUAUCCAAUGAAAACGCGGCUCUGUGGUUCGGCCUCCAAGUUGAAGUCACAUGAUCUGAUCGGCUGAUUGAAAAGUACCUCGAGACUGCAAACGAAGGAACAGCUCUUCAUUGCGAUAUUUAUUACAAUGUUGAUUAGGUCUAACGAUAACGCACGGACUGUUUUUGUGAAAAUUCACCAUUCUGACCUCAACUAUCUCAAGUUGAUUCAUUAGGUAGGAACGGAGAUAUGAGAAAUUCUACUGAAAAUAUAAGAAUUUGAGUGUUGUGACUUUGAAGCCAGCUCACAAUGAGUUUUUCACUGGUUGGUCGUUUGUUUCAAAACCUUAAGGGAUUUUACAAUGGUAUCAAUCCAGCUACCCUUACGGGUGCCAUAGAUGUUGUCAUUGUAAAGCAGCCAGAUGGAUCAUAUCACUCUUCCCCUUUCCAUGUGAGGUUUGGGAAACUGGGUGUUCUUCGUUCAAGGGAGAAAGUGGUGGACAUUGAGGUCAAUGGAGAGCCCACUGAUUUGCAGAUGAAACUUGGGGAAGCUGGUGAAGCAUUCUUUGUUCAAGAGAUUGAAUCAGAAGAAGAGGAUAUACCAGCAUACCUGGCCACUUCACCCCUCCCAUCUUCCAUGCAGUUAAUGGAAAAAGGGCUUGAAGAUCUGCACAAGCAAGCUGAAGCAGCUCCUGGCUGUACAGCAGAGCAAAUGAAAGAAGCUGGAGAGGAGCAACAGCUUGCUUUAAAAAUUAGAGACCCACGCAGUGACAGCUCUUGGGACGAGCCGAAAGUCUCGAGCAAACCAAGGAGGAAGGUGCUCAAGAAGAAGAAGCAAAAGUCAAGCGCAAACAGACAGAGCCCCCGGUCAAUGUCUAUGCCUGAGAAUGUCACAGAGGAAGUUAUUUUUGAUUUGGAGGUUACCGGAUCAUCAGAUGAGGAUGAGGUUCAAAAGACUGCAUAUGGUGCUAGAAGCUCUAGUUCUCCAGACUUUAAAGACAUGGAUAUGCUGCAGGGUACAACCAGUUACAGAAGGAUUAACUCUUUUGGCAGUGGAUCUUUUGUGACUCCUUUUAGUGAGCCAGAGACCUCACCGGUUGGAAGUCCUAUAGGGACUCGACCUUCUACACCAAAGAGUGACACGGAAGUUGACAAGCAACACACUGAAGAAAGUCAAACCUCAGCACUAAUGGAGACCAGCGCCACCUGGCAGUGGGGGGAGUUCCCCACCAAUGUUGAGACCACUCCCACCAGAACAGACAAAACUAUACUAGAACCCAAAGGUGAAGAAGUUAAAACUACCAGUGGUUUCAUGUCCAUAUGGAGCAAGCCAGCACCAUCGAAAAAACCAGAGGGGAUAUAUCUGGACGAGCUUGCCAGCAUGGAUGAUCCUGAAAUGGCAAAGAUAUAUCUUGGAAGAACAAAUGUUAAAGAAAAUGAAGACGACACAGAGUCCGGAAGAGGCCAGUCCUUACCACAGUCCCCCAACUCUGUGGAGGGUGCUAUCGGUGGCCCUGUCAGCUUUACCAUGUCUGAACUGCGGCACCUCGGCCCCGUGGCUCUUUCGCUCUGUGGGGGCUUAAAUGAUGCUGAGCCAAUCACUCUGGACAAAUUUAUGCAAAAAGUUGUCACGUUUGAGGACCUGGCUGAGAGUCCCAAUAUCACCUCAAAUCCCGAUCUGGUGGUGAAAAUUCAUGACAAGUAUUACAACUGGGCAACUGCGAGUCCAAUGGUGCUGUCGCAGAUAGUCUUCCACAAACAACUUCCAGAACCAGCAAUAAAAGGGUUAGAAAAAGAGCACAUGCCAAAGAAGAAAAAGAAGAAAGGUUGGUUCUCCUGGGGUAGGUCUGCCGAAGUUGAGGCAGACAUUGAGCCGGGGCAGAGAGGGAGUGACACAGCAAGCAGCACAGCUACGUCGCCAGGGACAGAGAGUGUAACACCAAAAGAUGCAGCUAACUCACCUGCUCAAUCCCCCACCCCCACACCUCCUGCUAGCAAUUCAGGCACCCCGAGAAAAAGGACAGAAAAUAUUGUCAGACUUCAACAAGAAGAAAAUACAUCUACAGAAACAGAUACAGACGCCUCUGAAAAAGACGCCUCUAAACCCUCUUCCCCGCACCCUGAAACACUCAAUGUGCCGCAGACAUUGAAUGUGCCAACGGCUAUGACUGUCCUACAGGCACACCAGGCCUCUCAACAGGACACUGACCCUGACUCACGCAGGCGACAUCCCUCUUCUGCUAGUGAAGCUGGGGGCACCAAAACUAAGAAGGAGAAGUACAUCAAGACACUGAGGCUUUCUUCAGAACAGAUUCUGAAGAUGAAGCUGCGUGAAGGCCACAACGAGAUCUCAUUUUCUGUGACCACCCAGUACCAGGGAACCACCAGAUGUGUCUCUCAUGUUUACCUGUGGAGCUAUGAUGACAAGAUCGUCAUCUCAGAUAUUGAUGGCACCAUCACUAAAUCGGAUGCAUUAGGUCAAAUCCUGCCCAUGAUUGGUCGGGACUGGUCCCAGUCAGGGGUGGCCCAACUUUUCACCCGCAUCCAAAACAACGGCUACAAGCUGAUCUACCUCUCUGCUCGGGCCAUUGGCCAGAGCCGCAGCACAAAAGACAUGCUGAAAAACAUCAAACAAGGGGAUUUGGUUCUACCUGAUGGGCCUCUCUUUCUCAACCCAACCUCGUUGUUUAGUGCUUUUCAUAGGGAGGUGAUUCUUAAAAAUCCUGAAGAAUUUAAAAUAAGCUGUCUGAAAGAUAUUGCUGAUCUUUUCCCAUCUUCACCAUUUUAUGCUGGGUUUGGUAAUAAAUUAAAUGAUGUUAUAGCCUACAGGGCGCUGGAUAUUCCCAACUUCAGAAUAUUUACCAUCAACCCACAGGGACAGCUCAGACAUGAUCUCUCUCUCACUUUCUUAUCAUCGUAUUCAGGGAUGUCCGACAUUGUUGAUCAUUUCUUCCCUUCACUAAACCAAGUAGACAGAGGAACAUCAGUUGAGUACAACCCUGUCAACUACUGGAAGUUCCCCAUCCCUGAACUAACCCCAGAGGAGCUUGCCCAGCUGUGUACCACCAGCCAAGCCCCAGUCGAGGCUGAGAAGAAAUGACUAGGGGUUGCCAGGGGGCAGGAGAUAGUCAGAACAGUUCACACUCCCAAGUACGAAUGUAUAGC